GGCCGCUGCGGCGCGCAGCAGUGCGCUAGGCUGCGGGCCCCGGCCGCCGAGGGCAGCAUGGCCGGGCCGGUGCAACUGACGCCGGGUUCGCUGGCCCUGGUGCUUUGCAGGCUGGAGGCGCAAGAGACUGCGGGGGGCGCGGAGGAGCCGGGCGGGCGCUCGGUAUUCCGCGCCUGGCGAGCCAACGCGCGCUGCUUCUGGAACUUGCGGCUGGCGCGCGCCGCCUCGCGGCUGGCCUUCCAGGGCUGGCUGAGGCGCGGGGUGCUGCUGGUGCACGCGCCUCCCGCCAGCCUGCAGGUGCUUCGCGAAGCCUGGUGCCGCCGGGCGCUGCGCCCGCCACGCGGCUUCCGCAUCCGGGCGGUGGGUGAUGUCUUUCCAGUGCAGAUGAAUCCAAUAGCUCAAUCUCAGUUUAUACCUUUGGCUGAAGUUCUUUGCUGUGCUGUAUCUGAUAUGAAUGCUGCUCAGAUUGUAGCAACACAGGGAUCACUAUUGGAAUAUCUGAUGAAACAUUACCCAGGCAUUGCAAUUCCAUCUCAAGACACUCUUUAUACCACUCUGGGAACUCUCAUUAAAGAAAGGAAGAUUUAUCACACUGGAGAAGGAUACUUCAUAGUCACUCCUCAGACUUACUUCAUCACAAACACACCCGCUCGAGAAAAUAAGAGAAUCAUGUCAGAUGAAAGUCCCCAGAUGCCAACUUCUGUUACAUAUCUAGUGAAUGUGAAGAGCUGUGCAGAGUUCAUGAAAGAAAGUGCAACCCCCAUUUCCCACUGUCAUUCCUGCCGGUGUUUCCCUGAUGUGUGCACUCAGGAUGUACAGGAACCACCAGCUGCUGCAGAAGUGACUAGAAAAUGCCAGAAAGGUCUUGGGGAAUCCAGAUCUUUGGUACCGAAUCAAGCCGUUUCAGUGUCUGAGGAUAAUCACAUCUGUGAGAGCACCAAACCUUUACCAUACACAAAAGACAGAGAAAAGGCCAAGAAGUUUGGCUUUAGCCUCUUCUGGCGCAGUAUAUCCAGAAAGGAGAAAUCCAGAACAGAGCACAGCAGUUUCUCGGCCCAGUUCCCACCGGAAGAAUGGCCUGUUCGAGAUGAAGAUAACUUGGACAAUAUCCCUCGAGACAUUGAACAUGAGAUAAUCAAACGAAUUAAUCCCAUUCUGACUGUUGACAACUUAAUCAAACAUACCGUCCUAAUGCAAAAAUAUGAAGAACAGAAAAAAUAUAAUAGCCAGGGUACUUCCACUGAUGUGCUGACACUCAGGCAUAAAUAUCCUUCAAAAGUGGGAGUUAAGAAAAGACAAGGCCUGUCUGUGAAACCUCAGAGGCGGGGCCAUUCACAUAGGGGUAGACACAAAGCCAGGAGUCAGAGAAGUGGGCCUCAGCCAGGAAGCAUUAGACUGGAGAAACACCCCAAGCUCCCUGCUACACAGCCCACCCCCAGAAUUAAAAGCCCCAAUGAAGCAGUACUUCAGAAACCACUUGCUGGGAAUCCAUCAGUGCUAGAUUCCCAUUUGAUCUACAAAAAGCGAAUCAGUAAUCCUUUCCAGGGCUUGUCUCACCGAGGGAGCCCAAUAACCAAAGUAUACAACAUCCGGAAGACCAGUGAUCUGGGACCCGGUCAGACUGGACCAGAGGGAAAGCCUUUCCAAAGGUCCAGGUCUGUGGAUUCCUCAAGAAUCUUUUCAGCUGAAACCAAACAGCCAUAUGGGGAACAAUGUCAUGAUCAACUGAGAGCAGAAUCCAUUUAUGUGAAUCACUCCACUGUCAAACCUACCAGUGAUGACUUUAGAGAUCACUCCUUCAAUUACUCUCAAUGUAGUAUUUUGCAGAAUGAUAGUAAACGCUGUUCCCUCAGAGAAAGCAUGUUGAGGUACGAUGUGUAUGGGGGAGAAAAUGAAGCAACGCCUGAAGUCUUGAGGGAAAGUUAUUCUCACUUUGCCACAUUCGAAGAGACAACAGAAACACAGCAUGUCCUGCCAUCCCGAGGUUCCCCUUCUUUAGACCAAGCAUCCCCUGCUUGUAGAGUAGUUGAUGAAACAAUGCACCAGUUCCAAAAUCUUGGUCUUUUGGAUUACCCUGUUGGUGCAAACCAUUUGAAACAACCUAAGAGACAAGACAGAGACUCAGAGGACACUCUCCUGAGAAAGGCAUUGGUCCAGGAAGCAGAGACCAUGAAUUUAGAAAAUGAAGGGCUUUCUGACAACGAUGAGGCUUUGGAUCCUAAUGAAGCAGAUGAUGAUGGUGCCUGCAGUUCAUUGUAUCUAGAUGAGGAUGACUUUUCUGAGAAUGAUGACUUAAUUCAAAUACUGCCUGGCCACGUUCAGUUUUCCUUUGCAGGGGGAAGCAAGUGGAAUCAUUUAGGCAAAGAAAAGGUGACUGAAAGGUCUCUGACUGAGUACAGUAGCAACACACAUAGAUUUGAGCCUCAGGGGCUUAAAGGAAAUGAACAUUACACGCCCACUGGGUUGCUCACUAGCCCCAGUGAAAGCCAAAAACCUAAUCUCUCUGCUGAAAGCUGUGUCCUCAAUUCAGGGACCCAGUCUGGUUUUAACUAUGAAGAGGAACCCAGCAUAGGUAAAUGUGUGCAGGCCUCAGCUCCUGCUGAUGGGAGUAUAUUUGAUUACUAUAGCACAAGAAAAGCUGCUUCUGAGACUGAAAUCCCACAAGACUCUCUUGGUGACCCAGGAAAGAAUCCAGCUAGCUGGUAUCACAGUGCUCAGAAUCAGGAAAUGAGGAAACAGUUCACACAAAAGUUAGAACUCUUCACCACUUCACAGACGCCAUUGCUGGCUCCAGGUCUUCAGCACAGUCACUUGGAAGGAACAGAAAAUCAGAGCAUGGCAGGAGACAGUGGAAUAGAUUCUCCACGGACACAGAGUCUGGCAUCGAAUAAUUCAAUCAUUUUGGAUGGACUUAAAAGAAGACAAAAUUUCCUGCAGAAUUUUGAAGGCACAAAGAGCAAUCAAACACUCACAUCCAAUUCCUUACUACAACUAACUCCAGUCAUAAAUGUUUAAUUUUUAUUUUACUUCUGGAAACUUUUUGUAAAAAUGUACAGCAUUAAUAUAGAAUGUCUUCAUCAGUUGAGUUUAUAAGAAUUCUCUAAAGCCAAGCACAUAUGUUAUUAAUCUCAUUAUAUAUUUUGUUGUAGUUUCUGGCUUUUUUCCUUUUUUGACAUUGGCUUUUUUAAAGCUUAUUUUACUUUAAGUUUAUUAGGAAUAUAUAGAUUGUUUGCAAUUUAAACAUGGAAUCAUUGGUCUUCUUCCAAUUAAGUAUAAUUAACUUAAAUCAUCAGAUAGACAUUCAUUAGUUUCUCAAAUACAUAGAUGCUAAUUUACUACCCAGUAAUGAAUUUCCAUACCCACAUCAAUACUGAAUUCUUAUGUUAAGUGGCUCUCACCUGAUUUCAACACAAAACCCCAGCAAAUAAUGUUUUUGGGUUGCAUAGGUCAUUUGCAACUAAUGUCUUUUAUCAUUAAAAUAAUUUAUAUAGAUGGGUACUUUGCAACAAGAAUUCCUUUCAUCCAAUCAUUGCUGCCAAAGAUAUUCUCUGUGACCAGCUUGAACAUGAACAAAUGGCUCCACAUUGUGAUUGACCGACAGUGUCCACAAUACCCAUGGCAACAGGCGUAUGGCUUGACUCUUUGGGUCCUCCCCAUGUUUGAGGCUGUCUCUGUAAAAUGACUUUGAGAAGUCAGGAUGUUCUCACAUGGUGGAGAUAAAGGGAAACAGAUGGUGGCAAAAAGGCUUGUGAGUGAAAGGGAGGUUCUGAAUUACAGAUUUAGAGAAGAGAUGGAAGAUGGCUGAUAGACAAUCCAUCUGCAUUUGAUCUGUUCCUUCUGUUCAUGAUAAGACCUACAUACUCUUGCCAGAAUUUUUUCUGGCAGGCCUUUUCAGACCAAGUAGUGGAAUGGUCAGUUCUCUUGGGUUUGGGGAACAUGGAGCAGUCAAAACUAGUUUCAGCAUGUUGGGUAGAUGCUAAUGCUAACUUAUAGUUGAGGGGAUGUUUCUUUUAAGAGAUUUCUAAGGAUCGUCAGAGCCUUAGAUCUCAAGGAUGACUAAAUAGAGUGCUUCUUUCUAGCUGUCACCAUCGUGAUAACAGUGAGGCAUAGGUUGCAGCUGUGACUUGGAUUCUAUCCUUGGCCUGGGAACCUCCAUAUGCCACAGGUGUGGCCAUAAAAAUAAAAAACAAACAAACAAACAAACAAAACUGCAGAAGAGAGAAGACCAGAUAUGCCACUCUGUUUCAUAGUAUUUGGAUCACUCACUCCUGACUGUUGGUUUUCAGGGGCCUUGACCAACGUACUGUGGCACUCCAAGAUUAGCUGUGGCCACAAGGAUAUGCAAAACCCUGAGCAAAGUACCCAGAAGGGUAAUCUGGAUAGAAAAGCCAUGUGAGGGAGGCACUGGUUUAAGGGGUGUUAUAGCUUGAAGUCAGCAUCAGUGAAUGGAAGUUAGGAGAAAGAUUUCAGCUCAGUAUGAAGAACCUCCCAUUAGACAAACUCUCUGAAGAUGACAUAGGCAGUUUUGUAAAGUAAUGAACUUCCCCUCAUUUAGGACAUUCAAGCAGAAGCUUGAUGAUCCCUUGACGGGUAUGUUGCAGAGGUAUUUCCACAACUAGAUAGUGAAAGAUUCAUUGAAGAUCCUCUGAAAUACUGAGCUCACACAGAUUCCUGGGUGUUGCUUCCAGUUCUCCAUUUCUGUACCUAUCCCUGCCAAUCCUUGGAAAAAGGAGUACCAACAGCUCUGUCUUGAUCUUGGACCUGGACAAGUUUCUUAAUACAGUGAGGAACCUAGAGUCUUUUAUGGCUGGCUCUAGCCACACCUAGGGACCAAUGAAAUCCAUCUAAUUUUGCCACUGGAUGCAUUAUGAAGCCUAUUAUGAAAUCGAUAAACUUGCCUUCUACAAAAUACAAAAUAUGACCACAGAUAUUAAAGAUGAAUAUACAUGUUCUUAAA